AAGUUGGCGUUGGGCUUUAGCAAACCAGCCUUGCAAUAUUUUUUGUUUUCACCCUAAAAAUGGCUUUCCCGCCCAAGCCACCUUUUACUAUUUUGUUGGUAUUUUCUCCGUAAAUCUCUCAGAGAUUGUUUAUCAUCGUCAUCGUUUUUAUGCUCAAAAUUGUGAGUUACCAAAGUUUUCAGGAGAUCAAAGAGAAAGAGAAAUGCAGAAAGAGCAUAAUUACUUCUGUUGUUACUUGAGAACUAGGGUUACACUAGUUCAAAAUGGAUUCCCCUGAACCUUCAUCAAAAAUCAACGCUACCAUCAAUACUACUUUGUCUUCAGACCCUGGACCUGCCCAAGAUUCACCCGUCUUCAAUUAUAUUAGCAACCUCUCUCCCAUACAGCCUGUCAAGGGCGCUCCAAUUGUGCAAGAUUUCUCAGGGCUGAAUUCUCCUCCUCUUCUGCUUACCUCACCCCGAAUUAAUACACACAGUCGAUCGAGCCUUUUGAAAAGGAGCCAGUUUCCUAAAUUAUCCACUGAAGUGUUUUCUGGGAAGAAUGAGGAUUAUAACACUGCUAUCACAGAUUCAGAUGGCACUGGAGUAUUUAUUUCUCCAUUGGGAAGUGGACUAAGCCCUUUUGUUCAGAAAGUAUCUGAUAAUAACAUCUCUGUGCAUGAGCAAAGUGGAACUCCCAUAAGCUGUGUGGAUGAAUUCUUAGUUGAUGUUUCAAACUCAGAGUCUGGCGAUUCUUCAAAUUCAAAUAAUAAGAGCCCAAAAGUGGCUGAUAGCAUUCCUCAACCUCCUGAUAGUGCAGAAGAUUCAAAGGUACCUGUCGUUAGCAUUCCAAGUAAAGAUGAAAGAAAAGACGAGAUUCCAGAAGAUGCAGCCCGUGUUGUUGUAGAGCAAGCUGAAGAGGACAAUAAGGGAAAGUCCCCAUCCAAUCAGAAAUAUACCGGGGUUUACAGUACCUCCAAUCCUGACCUGCCAUCUCUUGGUUUAUGCGCAAAGAUUGUUCCUGGCUUGGAUGCUCAUAGUUCGUUGCAUAAUCAUUAUGGUGACCGACAAAUGGCUCAGCUUUCAAGGGCUGGCCACACUGUGUUGGACGAGGCUUCUAAUAUACCGAUCAAAUCUCUGGAGACUGCAGGUGAUUGCAGAGAUGAUAAUGAUAAGAUUAGCACAAUGUCAAUUGUACCUGAUGAUGGCAUUCUGCAGCAUGAUUCUCAAACCAAGGCUAGUCAACAUCAAAGCGGAAUAAGUAGGCGCUGUCUCCAAUUUGAAGAUGCUCAACAGAAGAUGGCACCAGCUAGCUCAAGUUCACAGAAUGCUUCAGGUAUUGUGAGCUGUUCAAUACAACCAGUCAGUCCUGCCGUCAUAGAGGUUGUAGAACCAGUUUCAUCAAAUAGAUCAUCAACUACAAGCAAUAGGCGAUUGACCCAACUGGUAUCUUCCUCUGUUAAUUCUGAAAGCCUAAAUGUGAAAGUCUCCAAGCCAUCUGGUAUUGGUUUGCACUUAAAUAGUAUAGUUAAUGGUAUGGAAGCUGGUUCUGGUGUAACUGUAAGUGUGAAAUCAACUCAGAGGGGAAACUUGAGCAUUCGGGGAAAGAAGUUGACCUCCAUGAUGAGCUGUCACCCUUCUAAGAACUUGAAGAAUUGCUUGAUAUCUGCGAAUGUGGUUGGGAGCAACUUGACAAGUGACAAUGACGGUAUACAUGAAAGUUAUAGGUCAGAUGCAGAAAGUGCUGCAGCUUCUUUGUCACAUAAUAAUGCAAAACUUUUAAAUGACACGGUGCUCUUGAAGCCAACAGAGCAUACUCCAAGUAACAAAAGGAAACUUAACUCUGAACACAUCGACAGCAAUAUGGAUUACAAUCAGUCAAGCCCCCAAAAGAAAAGGAAGAAAAUCUCAGAUGGAAAUGAUGGUGAUGGGUGCAAACGCUGCAAUUGUAAGAAGACUAAGUGCUUGAAACUUUAUUGUGAUUGCUUUGCUGCUGGAGUAUAUUGUGUGGACUCUUGCACAUGCCAAGGCUGCUUCAACAGACCAGAAUAUGAAGACACUGUUCUUGAUGUGCGGCAGCAAAUCCAGUCUCGGAAUCCCCUCGCAUUUGCUCCAAAAAUUGUGCAGCAUUCCACUAAUUCCCCUGCAAAUAUUCUUGGGGAGGGUGUAGCAAGUUUUACGCCUUCCUCUGCAAGGCACAAAAGAGGGUGCAACUGCAAGAAGUCAAUGUGUUUGAAAAAGUACUGUGAGUGCUAUCAGGCUAAUGUUGGAUGUUCCAGCGGAUGCCGCUGCGAAGGGUGUAAAAAUGUCUUUGGUCCGAAGGAAGAAUAUGGUAUAGAUUUGGUGAAUAAACACUGCAUCACUGAAAGUUUGGAGAGAUCAGUUGAGGAAGAGGUAGAGAUGGUGACAGCUACAAGUGGGUUAUUGCAAAGUGGUCCAAUAAAUCAAUGCAACUCAACUCCCUUGACACCUUCAUUCCGGCGCUCAAACAAUGUGGAUGCAUCAAAAUCUUGGUUCACUUCUGGAAGAUACCUAUCUUCACCUGAAUCUGGCCAAGCUGAUACAGCACCAUAUGGACUCUCCCCAGGAUCUCCUAGAAGUUCUAAUAAUCAUGACACACAUCAGGAAACUAUUGGUGAUAUGCUGGAUCUUGUUACCUUUGAUCAUGAGUUAAGUUAUGGCAAUGCAAAGUUAGCAAAUGAAAUUUCACCAGGGUUUAAUGUGACUGGCAACAUGGAUGAUAUUUUGGCGCUGCCAAAGUCACAGGAUUGGGCAAGUAAUUCAGGUGGUCAACUGAUUCCUCAAACUGUCCAUUUCCAGUCCACGGAUCCGCUAAGCUGGCGUAACUCACCGAUGACCCAUAUGACCCAGUUUGAUGGGAGUGGAAUGAACGCUCUGGAACUACUAGACUCUGAUAAGAAGCCAUAUGUAUUGGAAGAUGACACACCUGAAAUACUAAAGGACUCUUCUAUACCACAAAUUGGUGUUAAAGUGAACUCCCCGAAUAAGAAGCGUGUUUCUCCACCUUAUCGUCAUUUGAAUGAGAUUGGUUCUAGUUCAUCUGGAGGAGGCUUAAAAACCGGCCGGAAAUUCAUAUUGCGAGCUGUUCCUUCUUUCCCACCACUUUCCCCAUGUAUUCAAUCCAAAAAUGUUGCUGCUCAUAGUACCGAUAAUUCUGAAAAGGAUAGCAGCAGCAAAUAACAUACCAAGAGGUGAGAAAUGUUACUUUUCUCUAUCACUUCUAGCACAACACAUAACCUCGUAGCUAAUGAGCUGGGUUAGUUAUUUCUAAUUCUUACCUGAAGGCUUCCGAGAACUAGGUCUGUGUGAUAAAAGGAACGAAAGACGGUAACAUCCUUGCAUGAACAAAUGUGAUUUUAGUGGAAAAGCAUGCUGCAGCUGGGUUUCACUGUCCACCCAGUGAAGAAUGGGAGGAGGGAAAUCCUUUGCCUUCAUAUGAGAACUCUUGAAAUCUCCUUGGAAAUCCUAUAUAAUUUAGUUAAAACUGAACAUAACUCUUAAGUUUUUUCGCUGCUGUUUUAUCAUGUAGAAGAACUCUUCUUGCAUUACGUCGUACUACAUUUCAGAUUCUUUAUAUUGGCUUGUAUGCAGCCAAGUAUAAUAAUUGCUAUUAUUUGGCUCAUGCUGUAGUUAGAAGUAACAUUGUAUACUUCAUAUGAAAAAGGGGAUGUUUACAAAGCCAA